GAAAAGCAUGGCCACGCUGCGCAGGCUGCGAGAGGUGCCACGGCACCUGCUGGUCUGCGAGAAAUCCAACUUCGGCCACGAUAAGUCGCGCCAUCGGCACGUUGUGGAGACACACUAUCACAAUUACAGGGUUUCGUUUCUGAUUCCUGAAUGUGGGAUCCUAGCAAAAGAGCUGAAAAACCUUGUUAUGGAAACGGGACCAUAUUACUUUGUGAAGAAUUUACCUCUUCAUGAGUUCAUUACUCACGGAUUCAUCAAUACUUUUGUAAAGAAAGGUUCGUGCUAUGCAUUAACAUACAAUACAAAUAUUGAUGAAGAUAAUACUGUUGCCCUCCUGCCAAAUGGGAAAUUAAUUUUAUCACUGGAUAAAGACACUUACGAAGAAACUGGACUUCAGGGUCGUCCAUCUCAGUAUUCUGGCAGAAAAAUCAUGAAAUUUAUUGUUUCCAUUGAUUUGAUGGACUUAUCCUCUAACCUGGGUUCUAAGAAGUAUGAGAGAGUAUCUUGGUCCUUCAAAGAAAAGAAGCCACUGAAAUUUGAUUUCCUUUUGGCUUGGCAUCAUACAGGUGCAGAAGAAUCAACCAUGAUGUCAUACUUUUCCAAUUACCGGAUUCAGGAGCAUCAGCCAAAAAUAGCGCUGAGCACAGUGACAGAUCUGCAGUGCCCAGUGCUGCAGAGUGGUGAGCUCCGGGGAGUGCCGGGGGCAGCCUGCAGUGCGGGGGAGCUCCUCGACUGGCUGGGCGCCGUCUUCAGCAAUGCCGAACUAAAUAACGAGCCUAAUAAUUUCAUAUCAACCUAUUGCUGUCCUCAGCCAAGCAGCGUGGUGGCAAAAGCUUAUUUGUGUACAAUCACUGGUUUCAUACUUCCGGAGAAGAUACGCCUCCUGUUGGAGCACCUGUGCGGGAUUCGAGUAGGAGGUUGCAGCAGCCAGCUGAGUGUGAAGGAACUGCCGAAAUCCAUCACAAUCGUGGGUCUUCUGUUUCACGUGAGGGUGAGUUGGCUGGAAGAUCCAAGAUGGCCUCCCUCCCAUGGCUGGCAGUCCGUGCUGGUUACUGACUUGGAGGUCAGCUGAGGCUGUUGGAAGAGAACCUCAGUUCCCUCCUAUGUGGGCCUCUCUGUGUCACUGCUUGGGCUUCCUCACAGCAUGGUGACUGGGAUCUAAGAAGGAACAUUCCAAGAAGACAAAAAGCCUCUACUUUUAAAAUGUUUGCUAAUGGCCCAUUGGCCAAAGUUAGUCUCAUGGCCAAGCCCUGAGUCAAUGUGGGAGACUGUACAAGGGCAUGAAUCUUGGGAGCUGUGGUUCACUGGGGGCCACCAAAGUAACAGUUCUACUAUAGGCAUUAUGUGAUAAUAUUUUCUUUGCCUGAGGAACAUCCUUCUUUUCCUCUCUAAUAGCAAAGCUCACCAGUUAGCAUUUCAAAUUGCAUUUAUAGCCCUUUGCAUAUAAGUUUUGAAUGGUGAUGUUCAGGCUGUUAAACUAAUCAAUAAUUGGCUAAUUCAUUUCCUCGUUUAAUAUUCCCUGUUUUCAAGGUGCUAUGGUCUAGUGAGUGUUAGCUUGUUAACACACUUUGUUAGAUUGUUUAAUAUUUGCAAAACUCUAGCAGUAGGUAUUAUUAUCUCUGCUUUAUAGAUGAGAAGGUGAAGUAACUGGUCACAUACCUGGUUCUCAGCAGAGCUGGCUUUUAGCCACUGCUAGACUCCACAGCCGUACUCCUUCCUCCUCUCUGAUCCACCUCUGAUGCUGAAUGCAAAUUUGAGGAGCUGAGGAGUAAACAAAAGACACUUAAAGGUUUGUAAGGAAGUGUGAAGAUUUUUAAAAAGUGAACUGCAAUCAAGUCGAGGAGGAAGCUCACAGCAGGAGAAGUCUGGAGCCUUUGGUUAAUUUCCUGCUGAUGCACUAAACUAGGGGGCCUGGUCUUAACUUUUUUCCUCUCUAACACUUUUUUAAAAAAUUGUGGUUACAUAUACAUAGCAUAAAAUUUACCAUCUUGACUAUUUUUAAGUGUACAGUUCAGUGGCAUUAAGUACAUUCACAUUAUUGUGUGACCAUCACCACCAUCCAUCUCUAGAACUCGUUCAUCUUGCCAAACUGAAACUCUUUACCCUCCCUAAGACUUUGAACAGAAGACUUAUUGGUGACUUUUGAAACUUCAUUUGGAGGGGAAGUGCUGGGUAAGUGCCCUUAGCUGGGCACCCUGGGCUAGUCAGGACUGGGCUACUGUCAGGUUACCUCUGGAAGUUUUCCUAAAGUUCAGAGGUGUCACUUGGGGCACAAGGUCAAUGAAAAGGCCGCAGUUGGGGUCACCAGGAGGUCACUGCUGGGAGGUGGUUGUUAUGGGCUGAAUUGGGUCUCCCAAAAUUCACAUGUUGAAGUCAUAACCCCCUGCUCCCCAACCCCCGUACCUCAGAAGGUGAAUGUAUUUGGAGAGAAGGCCUUUAAAGAGGUAACUAAGGUAAAAUAAAGUCAUAUGGGUGGGCUCAAGCCAAUAUAACUAAUGUUUUUAUUAAAAAAGGAAAUUAGGACGUAGACACACACAGAGGGAAGACCACGUGAGGACACAGAGAGAAGG